AUGAAGAUGCUGCUCGGAAGCUCUCUCUGCCUGCUCCUCCUCCUCAGCUGCCUGCAUGAACAUGUGGAGGGCCAAGCUCUGAGCCUGGACAGCUGCUCUGUCAAUGUCCACACACAUGAACUGCGCACACAUUACAAUUCCCUACGAUCAAAUGCGGUGACAGGAGACAGUGAGAUCGGAGUUAAACUCCUGGACAAAUCAUUGAUUAAGCAUGUUCAGGCCGGUCAGACGUGUUGUUUCCUGCGUCUCGUGCUGCGUUUCUACGUUGAGAGAGUGUUUGGGAACUACGCCUCCUCUCAGCCACAACAGCAACGCUGCUCCAGCGCUCUGGCAAAUGCUUUUGUUACCAUCAGAAGAGACAUCCAUAAAUGUCACUGCCAAUGUGAGGAGGACACACAGAGAAAGAUUGACUCCCUGCAUGCUGAGUUUGACAAGCUCGACAUAAACCAGGCUGCGCAGAAGGCCGUGGGAGAACUGGACACUGUCCUGGGGUGGCUGGAGGAACAGAAAACAGACGGUUGA